AUGUCGCAUGUUCGCCUCAACUCGGAGGGAGACGUUGAUCAUCGAAGCCUCUGGGACGCCUCCACCCCAUCCGCGACCGCGGCAGAAGGAAGACCGUGGCGCGCACGGUACCUCGAACUCACCUUUGCGGCCGGUCAUUAUUCCCAGUAUGAGGACUUUGUCAGGCAAGCGGCGCGCGACGUUGGCUUCCCCGAAUCGGCUCCGGAGACCCUGCUUCGCAACUGGGCGAAUCUAAGUCCGUGGCCCGAGGCUGCGGCGACGCUAAGGCUGUUUAGGAAGAAGGGCUAUGAGCUUGGCGUGGUCACCAAUUGCUCGAAGCACAUGUGCCACUUGGCGGCCUCGAACGUCGCGGAACAGGUUGAUGCAGACGCAGGACAGGUCUUCAAGGCUGUUGUUACAGCUGAGGAGAGCGGCUUCUACAAGCCCGUUGGACAAGCGUAG